AGCCAGGGCGCAGGGGCAGCGCCCAGGAAGGCUGGUGCGUCUUUAAACCGCUGCUGGCGGCUGAGUCACAGCCCCUCGCUUGGGUGUGUCCUUCGCUCGCUCCCUCCCUCUUAGGUCACUCUUUCACCCUUCGAGUUAAAACUGCCGCCAACUUCCGAGGCGGCCUCAUUGCCCAGCGGCCACCAGCCUCGGACAGGUCUGGUCCGCCUUCCUCGCCCCGUCCUCUCGUGUCCCCGCGCAUCGGGACCCUCCAGCCGCACACGCUUGCACUCUGGGUUCACUCGACACCAUGGACAAGUUCUGGUGGCGCGCAGCCUGGGGACUCUGCCUCCUGCAGCUGAGCCUGGCCCAGGUCCACAUCGAUCUGAACAUCACAUGCCGCUAUGCAGGUGUAUUCCACGUGGAGAAAAAUGGACGCUACAGCAUCUCUCGGACGGAGGCAGCCGACCUCUGCAAGGCUUUCAACACCACCCUGCCCACCAUGGCCCAGAUGGAGCUGGCACUCAGCAAGGGCUUUGAGACCUGCAGGUACGGGUUCAUAGAAGGGCAUGUGGUGAUCCCCCGGAUCAACCCCAACGCCAUCUGUGCAGCCAACAACACAGGGGUAUACAUCCUCCCCUCCAACACCUCCCACUACGACACGUACUGCUUCAACGCAUCAGCUCCUCUCGAUGAAGAAGAUUGUACAUCAGUCACAGACCUGCCCAAUUCCUUUGAAGGACAAGUUACCAUAAGCAUUGUCAAUCGUGAUGGCACCCGCUACACCAAGAAAGGAGAAUACAGAACAAACCCAGAAGACAUCAACCCCAUCAACCCUUUGGAUGAGGAUGUGAGCAGUGGAUCCUCCAGUGAAAGGAGCACUUUGGGAGGUUACAGCAUCUUCCAUACCCACCUUCCAACCACACACCCAACCUCUGAUCUGGCGAACACCGGAGUCUAUGGGAGUACCAGUACGGAUUCAAAUACCAUGUCAAAAGGCUGGGCCCCCAGUGAAGAAAAUGAAGAGGACAUAGACAUACACCUCAGUUUUUCUGGAUCAGGCAUUGAUGAUGAUGAAGAUUUUAUCUCCAGUACCAUUUCAACCACUCCACGAGUUUCUGACCACACAAAACAGUUCCAGGAUUGGAUCCAAUGGAAGCCAAGCCAUUCAAACACAGAAGUACUACUUCAGACAACCACAAGGAUGACUGAUGUAGACAGAAAUGGCACCAGUGUUCAUGGAGAAGACUGGACCCAGGAUGCACAGCCUCCUGUCAUUCACCAUGAGCAUCAGGACUCAGAGGAGACCCCACAUUCUACGAGUACAACCUGGGCAGCUCCUAGUAGCACAACAGAAGAAACAGCUACCCAGAAGGAACAGUGGUUUGAGAGAGAAUGGCAUGGGGAAUAUCCCCAAACACCAAGAGAAGACUCUGAUUCAACCACAGGGACAACUGUCACGACAGUCUCAGCUCACAGCAGCCGUCCAAGUCAAAGAAUGACAACACAGAGUCAAGAGGACAUUUCCUGGACUGAGUUCUUCGACCCAAUCUCACAUCCAAUGGGAAGAGGUCAUCAGACAGAAAGAAGGAUGGAUGUGGACACCAGUCAUAGUGCAUCAGUUCAGCCUACUGCAGAUCCAAACACAGAUUUGGUGGAAGACUUGGACAGGACAAGACCUCUUUCAGUGACAACUCCAGAGCAGAGCGAUUCUCAGAGCUUCUCUACCUCACAUGGAGAAUUGGAAGAAGAUAAAGACCAUCCAACAACUUCUACUCUGACAUCUGGCAAUAGAGAUCCUGCCAAAGGGGGCAGAAGAGGUGCAAAUCUUCCUGAAGACUCAACUACUUCACUGGAAGGUUAUACCCCUCAUUACCCAGAAACAAAAGAAAACAGGACCCUCAUCCCAGUGACCCCUGCUAAUACUGGGGCCAUUGGAGAAACUGAAGUUACUGUUGUUGAAGAGCCUAACUCUGAUGUUGAUCACUCCUUACCAGGAGAUCAAGACACGUUCAUAGACCCCAACGAACGCUCCCAUACUACUAGUGAUUCGAAAUCUGAUGGACACUCAAGUGGGACUCGAGCUGGAGCAAGCACACCCUCUCCUCCUCAAAGGAGACCCCAAAUUCCAGAAUGGCUCAUCAUCUUGGCAUCGCUCUUGGCCCUGGCUUUGAUUCUUGCUGUUUGCAUCGCUGUCAACAGUCGGAGAAGGUGUGGGCAGAAGAAAAAGUUGGUGAUCAACAAUGGCAAUGGAGCAGUGGAGGACAGAAAGCCAAGUGGACUCAACGGAGAGGCCAGCAAGUCUCAGGAAAUGGUGCAUUUGGUGAACAAGGAACCAUCAGAGACCCCAGACCAGUUUAUGACAGCCGAUGAGACACGGAACCUGCAAAAUGUGGACAUGAAGAUUGGGGUGUAAGAUCUACACCAUUAUCUUGGAAACAAAAAAAAAACAUAGUUGGAGACACAACCAUUACAGGGACCUGGGACACUUAACAGAUGCAAUGUGCUACUGAUUGUUUUAUUGGAGAACUAUUUUUAGCAUAAAAUUUUCUAUUCCUUUUUGUUUUUGUGUUUUGUUUUUUUUUUAAAGUCAGGUCCAGUUGAUAAAAAUAACAUUGCUUUGUGAAACGAGAGCCCAAUUAAUAAUCCACAAGAACUUGAUAGUUCUGCUUUCUACCUAGAGGUCUUUUUAUCCCCUGGGGUAUGUCAUGGAUGGCUUCUAAAUGCCACAAAUUCAUGUUUCUGAUACUCAACACCCCCAAGCCCCACUUGCCAGGUAACAGCCAGCAGCCAAGGAUAUUCCUGGGGCCAGGAGGGAUUGGUUCCUGGGAGGAAAUUUGAAUGGGUCCAUAUCGCCUCUCCAGUAGCCUAAUCCUGGGUCAUUGGUUUCCAGUGGGGUAGGAGAUUGGAGUAUACUGGUUACACAUCCUCUCAUACAGACUCCAUGGAAAUUUAUGAGUUGCUUCGGGGAGACACCCAAAGGGUGAAGCUAUUUAUCUGUAGUAAGCUAUUUAUCUGUGUUUUUGAAAUAUUAAACCCCGAACGUCCUUUGAUCAGUAUGAUUUUUCCCCAGGUUUCUUUGUCAGAGGAACAAAAGGGUUUAAGCUAAUUCACAAUAAACUUCUGUACUUUUUCCAUCUUAACCUUCGUGCUGUGAUCUUUCACUUUCUAAACCGCAAGGUCCAGAUCUCUGUAGCUCUUCAGAAAGAUCUGAGAAUGGUUCCCUAAACUCAUCUCAUAGCCUCUUUGCCCCUACUCUGCUAAAUUGCCUAGAAGAUCAAGGAAGACAGCACUAUUUUAUUUCCAAAGAUGUCCAAAGGCUUACUCUUCUUUUCUGGAAUCAGAAUUGUGAGCAGAAGAGUUUCUGCCAUUUUUGAGUUUUAAUGGCCAUGUUUCUCUCCUCUGAAAGGCCUUGAAAAGUCACAUUUAAUGUGCAUAACCCAUCAUUGUGGAGUCCAAUUUCUCAUAUGUUCAUUCUCUUAGUGAUUUCCAAAAGUAACAUGAAAGUGCCUUUUGACAUCUUGUUAUAAAAAGAGAAGCCAAUAGAAAUGAAAGAAGAGUCAGGGGCCAACUGAUUGGCACAGGCUGGUGAGGUGGAAUGCUCUGUAAAUCCUGUUUGACUAUUUAUGGCUGUAUUUGUUUAUACUUCAACAUUGUCUGUAUGCACUUGCCCCUCCAGAUGAGUUAAGCAUGUGGGGAAUCCCAAGUUACAGGGCUUCCCACCAUUGGAAUCUUAUCACAAGAUGAGCAGGUUUAUGGCUAAAUGAGUGAAUAAUGGCUCUUUCCUCUGUCCUCAUGUUUUUUCCGAGUUGGCAAGUUUUUCAUGACAUUUCUUCAUCAGUCAGGAUGUCUCAUUGGUCCUGGAACUCCCAAAGACUACUUAUAAUCAUAGAGACUGAAUCUAUACAGUGAAGGGUUCUAUAAACUGGGAUCUGAUUUCCUCAAACAUCCAGAAACAUCACUUGUUGCCUAAAUUGAUAAGUUUAAUUGGGAAUGUUUCUUAAAUAACAAAAGAAGAAGGAAAACAACUUCUAACUUAGAUCAGUGGUGGGUUGAUACAGAGAUUUGCAAGCCUUCCAUGCUCAUUCCAAACCUCUGGUCUUCCUACCCUCCUUAUGUCCUCUCUCCCUGUACCCCUGCCAUGAUCUUCAAAAAACUCCUUUCUCUUCUUCUGUGAAUAUAUUGACCAGUUAGUUAUAUAGUCAGCUACUUGGUUUUCUUUUUCUUUCUUUUUAAGUUAAAAGAAAAUGGAGAUCACACCACUUUGAGUUGUUGCUGCCAUUGGUGUUAAAAUGCCCUGUUUUCCAGGACCUGGUCUCUACUCAUCCCUCAGAUUGUCUUAUGGGCACACGGAGUCAAGCAAAUCUCACAGAUAGAGAUGACUGCCCACCCAUUCUAGACAGUCCCAACAAACAAGCUGGCGUGGGAGACGAUUUGACAUAGCAGCCAUGACACUUGAAGCACAAUUUGAUUAUGUGUCUUUCCUGCCGGUGACCUGCCAGGUGACCUGGGCUAAGUCCUUAAACGGGAUCUUAUUUAUAAAAGUAGGAAGCCAGCAUUUAUCUUGCAAAGCAGCCUGAGAGUUUAAGAUGUACUUUUCCCUGCAAUGAUAAAUCUUUCAUGUCUCCUGAGGGCUUUCUUUAAAUUAACUCUGGGUAAAAAUUUGAAGGAUGCCAAAGACACUUUCAAGAGUAUAUUUUACAGGUUCUAGCCUAGUAAAAUGGAUUCUUCCAACUGAACAUCUCAAAAAGUUUUACAUUGAGAACCAUUACACCAAGAGCCAAUUUUGUAGCCAAUAUUUAUUUAAUCCUUUUACUGCAGAGUAGAAAUAUCCAACUUUUCUGGAAGAGUAAAAUGCACGUAGGAACAGGAAUAACAUGACCCAAACUGGGUGUUGUGGUGCACGUCUAUAAACCCAGCAUUCUGGGAGGCAGAAGCAGGAGGCUCACAAGUCCAAGCCUAGCCUGAGCAAUUUAGUAACUUAGCAAGAGCCUGUCUCAUAAAGGGGGGUGGGAGGGAUGUAGCUCAGUCCAAAGGCCCUGCGUUCAGUCUCCAGUAAAAAAAAAAAGAAAGAAAAGAAUAACAUGGUCCAUUCAGUUUGAUGUUGUAAGUAUGUCCAUUUGUAAGUCCUUUGUGUUUAUUUUUCAGAAACUAGCCAAUUGUUCAUGUACAUACAAUGACCAUUGCUACCAUUACUUUGAGUUUUCAGAGCACAUCCUCUCUCCGGUUUUUGUAUAUUUAUUAAUGAAAGCAUGAUAUGUCUAUUGCCAAGUUGAAAGUCCUUAUUGGAAAGUAUUAAAAGGCUAACAUUAAAAGGCUAAAUGAAA